AUGAUCAUGAAAGUGCAAGGUCCGGCUGAUGAAUUAGUGACACCUAGCAAGGACAAAUUGUGGGCAAUAAACAAGAUCAUUUUAUCGGACAUUAGAAACCACACAAAAAUAGCUGUCACUCGGGCUAAGGCCGAGAUGAUAGACACGAAGACAAAGGCUAUUCACUCGACCAUUAAUAUCAACGCACUGUACGAUCAGAUAUCGGGUGCGAAGACCUACUUGUCUGAAGUGAAUCAAGUGUUUAAUGGCAUCAAAGAACGGCUCAAAGAAGAACUCAAGAAACACAGGAACACAAUAUCAGGUUUAAUGGAUAAAGUAGUCGGUGGUGAUGAUGCUAAAUAUGUGAAAAACGAACUAGCUAAGCUCGACAAUAAGUUAAUAGAAGUGAAUGCACUGAGCUUGGUAAAACAAACAUUUUGCGAAUAUUUUGACCCGGGUAAGACACAGGCUGAGCGUCCCGAGGUACUGGAUCUUAAUGCUAAAGGCUAUGAAAUAAAAAUGAUGGUAAAUAAUGUGAGGAAUAUGACAGAGAUUGCUAUAAAUAAGGCUAAUACCGAGAUUAAAAUGCUGAGAACUGAUGCGAAACUCGCGUUAACACGUGUUAAGUCAAUGGACGCGCAGAUUAUGAACUUUAAGUCCUAUCAACGCGUGUUAAAGGAUUUAUUUUUAGGGAUUAUCUAUGAUCUACAAUUGACUAAUUGGUUGCUUAUGGCCGAUGAUAUGGAGCUGAAUAUAAUGAUGUGGGGCGUGUCCAAUGAUUUUACCAUAAUCUAA